AUGGUGGAGCAAAGUUACCGACAGAGAAAGACGGAAACAGAGUCUGCCGCAGAGGUAUCCAAGGCACUGAAGCGAAAGAAACGCAUGAAAUUGGUCGUAUACGCAUCAUCUUUCGCCAUUUUCCAGACCAUUGUCAUCUUGAUUUUUUCGCUUACAGUGAAGCGUAUCAAAAACCCCAAGUUCAGAGUCCGCUCCAUCACCUUCGAGGAUCUCACGGUGGCAGCUCCCAACUCUUCUUCCUUCAACAUCAUACUCAACGCCCAAGUCUCCGUAAAGAACACUAAUUUCGGACACUUCAAAUUCGACAACACCACCAUAUCGUUCGAUUACGGGGGAGUCGGAGUCGGGGAUGCAUUUGUUGCUAAAGGAAGAAGCAAGGCGAGAUCCACGAAGAAGAUGAAUGUAACUGUGGAAUUGAACUCGAACAAUGUGAUAAAUAAUUCAAGCUUGCAGAGUGAGAUUGAAUCUGGGUUUUUGGUACCGACUUGCCAUUCCAAAUUGAGUGGGAAAAUGCAGCUGAUGAAACUGAUCAAAAAGAAGAAAUCUGCAGAGAUGAAAUGCGCCAUGUUAGUAAACUUGGUGACCAAAGCUGUCCAAGAUAUCAAGUGCCAAUGAACUUGAGCUUUGCAAUAUCAACUGCAGUAUCUUAACAACGUUGAGGCUUUUAUCAUUUAUAAUUUCAUUUUCAUUUUUCAAAAGUGUUUUCU